AUGGCCUCCCUCAUUCAAGACAAAACCCGGCUCACAUGGGCCGCCAUCACCCUGGGCGGCAUCCCCAUCCUCUCCUACGCCAUCACCUCGUACCGGGCUUGGCUGCGUCUCGGCCCCGGCGGACUACCCUACAAUGUCUUUGGUUUCUUCAUCAACUCGGCUUUGCACCUCAUCGCGCGCUCCGACAUCAGGGCGCCGGCCCCCUACAACCCGGACGACCUGGCUCCACUCUACGGCCCGGGCGGCACGUCCUAUUUCGAGAAUGGCACGCUGCCCUCCGCGCGCUCCGGGUCCCGACCAAACGUCCCCGGCGCUGUCGCCCCGCAGCGCCAGAUGACGGAGCAGGCUACUCAGGAGACGCAUCAGCAGAUGAAGGACUUUCUCGUCGCACUGGUGAAGGAGAACGCGGAUUUCUUGCAGCUGAAGCCGUCGGGGUUGGAGAAUGCAUCGCAGCAGGCUGCGUUUCUGGCUGAUGGGUUUGCUAUUCCUGGACACAUGAAGGGUACCAGAGGGGAAUUUCUGCAUCCCCAUGAGGAGGGCAGUUCGCAUGUGGUGUUGGGCUUGUCCGACUCGGCGAGGCUGAUUGAGCUUGGGUGGGCUGAGAGGCAUAAGUUGAGCGGAGUCAUAAUUCCUUGGGGUUACGUUCUGGUUUAUGCGCCGCGCAAUGCGGAGGAGCUGGGCGUUUGGAAGAGCAUCGUCAUAGCGUCGGCGAAGUUCGUUGCUGCCGGUGGUCCCAAAGUGCGGGUGCCCCAGUGA